AUGAAACGCCGCCUGAUGGACCACAGCGGACAACAGUCACUGACAGAUGGGGCCACCCUCAGCUUGGCCAGCCCAGGGUCCACGGAGGAGAGUGUGGAAGUGUGCUGGCUGAGUCAAAAACAGCUGGAGAUUGAGCCAGUCAUGAAACGCCGCCUGAUGGACCACAGCAGACAACAGUCACUGACAGAUGGGGCCACCCUCAGCUUGGCCAGCCCAGGGUCCACGGAGGAGAGUGUGGAAGUGUGCUGGCUGAGUCAAAAACAGCUGGAGAUUGAGCCAGAACAUGUUCAUCACCCCGAGAGCUCCCUGUGCCCCUUCGUGGUCCGCUCCCUGCUGCCCAGCCGCCGCAGCCCGGCCUGUCCUCCUGCAGCUUUACCUUCUGUAGAAGCAUCUCCACGGAACCGUGCCAGGACUCAGCCCAGCGAAGUGAGAGCACCCUAUACCCACGUGCACCCCAUGCAGAGUGUGACCUGGGGACCUAGGCGGCUUCGAGCCCGUCAGCUGGAGCCCCGCAUUCAGGAAGCCGAGUUCAUCAAGGGGCAGCGGUGCCGGUUGUCCUUCGAGAUGAGCAGCCCCGGGAGCCCGGUACCCCCACUGGCUGGUCCCUACCACCCGUGGGCUGUGCUGUGUGGCCUCUGCCGGCCUCCUCCACAUCCCCGACCCGGCAUCCGCCAGGGCUUCAGCCGCCAGGUCUUCUUUGAGAAGAUGCCGGAGAUAAGGCGGUGCCGCCAAGAGCAGGAGGAAGAGCAGAGCCCUUGGGACAGCAGAGCCCCAGGCCCAUGCAGGGCGCAUCCGUGGCCGCGGCAGGAGCAGUGA